CACGCCGCUACAAUGUAGACCUUGGUCCAACAGAACUACAAUUCCCAGCUUGCUGUGGACCUCCGCGGUUGCAGUGCACCCUGGGAAAGGAAGUGUCCCGCUCCCCCAUUGGCUCCGCGCGCGUCUGCGCAGAGACCACGCCGAUCUCGUCGGGAUCCUCGGGAACUCAUUUUGCACCGUAGACGUCGUAGCCGGCGGGAUUAAAGAACCGUUCCACUUCCGGUGCCACCGGACGCAGUUCCGUGAUGGCAUCUUCUUCUGUGGACGCGUCGGCCAAAGCAGCUCGGAGAAGUGACUCUCACCCGCAGAAGCAGAAGCGCGAGAGCCAAGAUGAGGCAGAACUCCUCACUGUUCCUGAUGGUUGGAAGGAACCAGCUUUUUCCAAAGAGGACAAUCCCAGAGGGCUCUUGGAGGAAAGCAGCUUUGCGACCUUGUUCCCAAAAUACAGAGAGGCUUACCUGAAAGAGUGUUGGCCUUUGGUGCAGAAAGCCUUGAACGAACACCAUGUUAAAGCAACGCUGGACUUGAUUGAGGGGAGCAUGACUGUGUGUACGACGAAGAAGACUUUUGACCCUUACAUCAUCAUUCGGGCCAGAGACCUAAUAAAGCUCUUGGCAAGGAGCGUUUCAUUUGAACAGGCAGUGCGGAUACUUCAGGAUGAUGUUGCAUGUGACAUCAUUAAAAUCGGUUCUCUAGUGAGAAAUAAAGAGAGAUUUGUUAAAAGAAGACAGCGGCUUAUUGGUCCCAAAGGAUCUACACUGAAGGCACUGGAACUCCUGACAAACUGUUACGUUAUGGUGCAGGGGAAUACUGUUUCAGCCAUUGGGCCUUUCAGUGGCCUGAAGGAGGUUCGAAAAGUAGUCCUUGAUACCAUGAAGAACAUCCAUCCAAUUUAUAACAUUAAGACCUUGAUGAUUAAACGGGAGUUGGCCAAAGAUUCCGAGUUGCGAUCACAGAGUUGGGAAAGAUUUUUGCCACAGUUCAAACACAAAAAUGUGAACAAGCGCAAGGAACCGAAGAAGAAGAGUGUUAAGAAGGAGUACACGCCCUUCCCUCCUCCUCAGCCAGAGAGUCAGAUUGAUAAAGAAUUGGCAAGUGGUGAAUACUUUCUGAAGGCGAAUCAGAAGAGGAGGCAGAAAAUGGAAGCCAUAAAGGCCAAGCAAGCAGAAGCUCUGACGAAGAGGCAGGAGGAAAGAAACAAGGCCUUUAUUCCACCUAAAGAAAAGCCAGCUGCGAAGCCCAAGGCAGCUUUUACCGAAACUAAGAUUGAUGUGGCGGCUAUCAAGGAAAAGGUUAAGAAAGCAAAGGCCAAGAAACUGGGCGCGCUGACAGCGGAGGAAGUUAAGCUUAAGAUGGAGGCUGAUGAAAAGAAACAGAAGAGGAAAAAGUAGCAUUGGAAAAAAAAAGCUGGACCUGAACUUGGGAAGGUGUUUCCUUUUGUAAAGGAUUUUGAGACGACUUUCCUUGCCUUACCUGGAAGUAGUCAUGCUCAGAAAAUCAUGAUCAGAGUUUCGUCUGUUGAUGGACAUAUCCUUUGUAAAUACAUUCAUAUGUAUUCUCAAGUUUGUGCAAGACAGUGGUAGAGACCUGUAGAUACAUCGUGCCUGGUCAGUCCCAGGCGGUUUUGUCUAGACGUCAUUUCAGGAAUACCUCUUUUAAAUUAUAUAGAUUUUUAUUAUCAAAUCCAAUGUCUGUUGC